AUGGCGCCGAAGACGGAAGCCGAUGGCGCGAGGCCGGAUGCGGACUGGUACUGGCGCGGGAUUAGGCUGAGGAACUAUCGCUCGCCGAUGGUCCAGGUCGCGCUUGUCGGGUUCAUCGCCUUCAUGACCGUCGGCAUGUCGAGUGCGCUGGGUGGCGCGGGAGGUGGUGGUCUACUCAACACGAAGCAGAGCACGAAUGCGAAUGUGGCUGUAUACACCUCAUUUGCUGCCCUUGCGUUCUUCUCGGGUACGAUCUAUAACCGUGUUGGUAUCAGGGUAUGCCUCGCGUUCGGUGGUUUUGGCUAUGCCCUCUUGUCCGCCGCCUACAUGGCGACGGCGCAUCUCGAGGACAAGGCCACGCCCUUCAUCGUAGUCGCUGGCUGCGUUGAAGGUCUAAGCGCAGCCAUGCUCUGGACCGCGCAAGGCGCCGUGACGAUGUCCUACCCCACCGAAGACCAGAAGGGUCGUGCGUUCUCCACCUUCUGGACGAUCUUCCAGAUGGGCGGCGUCAUUGGGUCCAUUAUCCCUAUCGCUGCGAACUGGAACUCCUCAGCGGGCACGCUGAACGACGGGACGUACAUCGCGUUCAUUGUGAUUAUGCUUACAGGAUCGUUCGUCCUGCCGUUCUUCCUGCUGCCGUCCGACAAGGUCGUCCGCUCGGAUGGCACCCGCGUCGUGCUUCCUGAGAUGCCAACAUGGAAGUCGGAGAUCGUCGGGCUCGUGAGCGUGCUCUUCGAGGACAAGUGGAUCAUCACGCUAUUCCCCUUCUUCAUCGCCUCGAACUGGUUUUACACGUACCAGAAGAAUGACUUCAACGUGCCGAACUUCACGUUGCGCACGCGGUCGUUCAAUGGGCUCUUCAGCAACCUGUUCAACAUGGUGGGUGUCUGGGCGAUGGGUUCAGCGCUGGACUACCGGCCGGACAAAUUCUCUCGCAAGCUUCGCGCGCGCAUCGGAAUCAUCGCUCUGCUGACUGUGACCCUCGCGAUCUGGGGUGGCGGCUGGGCCAUGGUCAAAGACUUCAAGCGCGGCGACCAUCCUGUCCCGCUAAUUGAUGUCACCGAGUCGAAGCGCUACGCACCCUACGUGAUCAUGUACAUUUUCUGGGCGAUGUACGACGGGAUCUUCCAAGCGUACGCUUACUGGCUCAUGGGCUCCCUCUCCAACAACUCCCGCCGCCUCUCGCACUACGCCGGCUGGUACAAGUCCCUGCAGUCCGCCGGCGCCGCGAUCGUCUGGCGCCUCGACGGCCUCGAGGUCUCGUACAAGUCGAUGUACCUGAGCACCUGGAUGAUCAUGGUGUUCGCGGUCAUCACGGCGUUCUACGUCGCCUUCUCGCGGGUGCAGGAGCACUGCAACGACGAGCCGCAGACGGCGGCGACACCGUCGGAGGGGUCGGAUAUAGAGGCGGCGAGCACGACGUCGAAGGGAGAGGGGAAGGGGAUGGAGGUGGAGGUGUCCACUUUACCUGCGAAGUCGUAGACCUUUCGCUAUACAUACUGGGUAUUUAUUGCUUUGCUGCCCUGUUAUCUCUGUAACACGACUGUCUGACUCUC